AUGGAACCCUACGUUCCGCUACUUCCGAACACUGGCUUUUCAUCGAGGGCUCUGGUCGAGAUGUCGAGUAUUGCAAUUUCGGCGCUAUCGAGAAUUGUUGGGAUCGGAAGGAGCUUGGAGGUGGUGGCUGAGGUGGACACCGUGGAGGAGGGCCAGUGCGAAUUGGCCGUCGACCCGAACUGGAGGAUGAGCCGGGCCGAGAGCGCCUGCCGCCUCAAACUCAUACGGGUUGAGGUGGCCGCCGAGCUACUCCCGCAGGGCUGUACACCCAGUGAUUUGGUGGCCGCCGUCAAUGUCAAGGAGAAGAUCGAGAUCAAUGGCGAGUACCGGUUGGUGCAGAAGAAGAAGACAAUCUACCCGGAAUGGGAACGUUGCUGGGACACGGCCGUCACCCCGGGGCGGAUAAUUCAAGUGGUGCUCAUGCACAACCAGAUACCCGUCGUCGAGGCCACGAUGCGGUUAGAGGACAUUGUCUCCAAAUGCAAGGGUGACCAAAUCACGCACAUCUGGAUCAACACAAAGCCCAGCGGCCGCAUCCUCGCCCAGACGCGCCAUCUACGCAACGCCGGCAAGGUAUAUCAAGUGCGCGCCGUCUCCACCCGUCGC